AGUGCCCCCAAUAGCUAUCCCAUUACCCACCCGCUCGGUUCUCUCUCCGGCUUCUCCUAAUACCAGGACGGUUCUUGGCAUCUGUGGAGGGGUUGCGCGAGCAUAUAACUUUCGCUGGAGCUUGUAUUAAAUAAGAUAUUCUCUCCACUCUCAUGGCACUUACUGUCAUGCUCUCGUGAUCAGAGAGAGAGCUAAUACAAUGCUAAGCACCUAUGAGUGCAAGCUGCAGAAAAGUAAUGGUUUCUGGAUAUCAACAAUCUUAUGUACUGAGACUGCUGAAAGUGUAAUGGCAUAAGGACCUCCGGCAAGUUUUCUCCUGUUGCUGUCUUUGGUGGGCCUAGAUCCGGUUGUUCUCUCAUCUUUAAUGCGUUCCUGCCAAAAAAGCAAGACUCACUGGGAGACAAGAUAAGAGUUGCGAAGCUGAAAAAGUAGCAGCCUGGAUUCGCUCGGCGGCUUCGUAAGCUGCAGGUCAGCAAAGACAGGGGGGCAUCGAAUUCCGGGUCGAUCAGCCUUCCCAUGAUGGAAGCAUCCAAACCGACCACCUACCCCAGUCCGCAAAGCAUUGCAUUGGAUCGAAGAUAGAUAAUCUUCGAGAAGCUCUACUCAACUCAAAAUCACGUCAAACCAGGAAAGAGAGAGGAAAGAGAGAGGAAGGCAGCAUGUGAAACCCAAAGAUUGCAUUAUUUAUAUAGGACGAGAACUUUGGUGGGAUCUCAGCAUCAGGAGAUAGAGAGAUGGCAUAUUUGGUCGAGGCUUCCCAAUUCCUCCAUGGCGUUCUCGAUUUGACAAUCUUUGAAGCUGAUCACCUCCACCAUUGUUUCCAUGGCUUCCUCCUUCAGGUCACAGAAAAGAUAGAGGAAGCCUUACAUCUCGACAAGCUUGCCCACACCAAGCUCUAUGCCACUGUGGACAUCGGUGGGGCAAGGGUGGCAAGGACCAGAGAGAUUGAAUUCCAUCCCAAGAACCCAAUAUGGAACGAGUCCUUUCACAUCUGCUGCGCCUACUCCGCUCCCUCAAUCGUAAUAUCAAUUAAAAACCAGCUCCCAGUGGAUGCAAAGGUUUUGGGCCGUGCUAAGAUCCCCACCUCCCAGUUACUCACCGGGCAACCUCUGGAAGGCUGGUUUGAUCUCUUCGACGACGAGGGCCACAAGCUCAAAAAAGCAAAGAUCCAUGUCCUCCUUAAAUUCUCUGAUAUCACCUCUGAUCCAUGUUGGAAUGCAGGUAUCAGACUUCCACAAUUCUCUGGCCUUCCCAAGGUUUACUUCCCUCAGAAGACCGGUUGCGAGGUGACGCUCUACCAGAACUCUCAUCUUUCUAACAAUUUCCGACCGGUGAUCCAUCUCUCCGAUGGUAAAAACUACCACCCUCCGAGACUAUGGGAGGAUCUCUACAUUGCCAUAACAGAAGCAAAACACUUCAUUUACGUCGCUGGCUGGUCGGUGAAUGUCAACAUCACACUCAUUCGAGAUCCGGAGCGCAUGAUCCCUGGCGCAGAGGGUGUAACCAUAGGAGAACUGCUGAAGAAAAAGGCCGAGGAAGGGGUUACGGUGUUGGUCAUGGUCUGGAAGGACCGAACCUCGGUGUCGCUCUUAGGGAAUGCAGGGCUGAUGAACACACAUGACGAGGAGACUUACGAGUUCUUCCAAGGCAGCAUGGUGAAGUGCUUCCUCUGCCCACGCAAUGCUGACCCCUCCCUCACUGCGGUGCAGCAUGUUGAGAUCGGAAUGGAGUUCACCCACCACCAGAAGGCAGUCUGUCUUGAUGCUCCCAUGAGCAAUGGUACAUCCCGUAUUGUAAGCUUUGUUGGUGGAAUCGAUCUCUGUGGUGGAAGGUACGAUGAUGAGAACCACACUCUGUUCAGAAACCUCGACACGACCUACGUUGAUGAUUUCCAGCAGCACAACUUCCCCCAUGCUGAUCUCCGCCAUGGUGGCCCAAGGGAGCCAUGGCAUGAUGUGCAUUCCAAGCUCGAAGGCCUCGCAGCUUGGGAUGUACUUACCAAUUUCGAGCAGCGAUGGAUAAAACAGUCCCCGAAGGAGAUCUCUCAUUGCUUGGUAAAAAUCCACGAGCGGCCUGAUAUCUUUCCAAUCCCAUCAGGUCUUGCUACUCAAGAAUCAUGGAAUGUGCAAGUCUUCCGAUCAAUUGAUGAUGCUUCGGUGGUGGGUUUCCCAUCUGAUCCAUCCGAAGCUGCUGAGCUGGGUCUGAUGAGUGCAAAAGAUGUGACGGUCGAUCAAAGCAUACAUUCGGGCUAUGUCGAAGCCAUUAGAAGAGCAAAGAGGUUCAUAUACAUUGAGAAUCAAUACUUCUUUGGAAGUUGUGCUUCCUGGAGGGAAGAGCAGGAUUGUGGAUGUCUGAAUUUGAUCCCUAUCGAGAUAGCCUUGAAGAUUGCAAGCAAGAUUCGCCUGGGAGAAAGGUUUGCAGCUUAUAUAGUGACCCCGAUGUGGCCCGAGGGGAUACCGGAGGGUGAUACAGUGCAGGCCAUACUGCAUUGGAACAGGCUGACAAUGGAGAUGAUGUACGGAAUUGUGGCCAGGGCUAUAGAGGAAGCUGGGUUAGGUGGGAAGGCACACCCAUGUGAUUAUUUGAAUUUCUUCUGUUUGGGGAACAGGGAAGUUCGAUAUCCCGGGGAGUACAUCCCACCGGAGAGGCCAGAACCAGGCUCCGACUACUGGAAGGCACAAGUCAACCGGCGAUUCCUCAUCUAUGUGCAUGCCAAGCUUAUGAUCGUGGAUGAUGAAUAUGUGAUCAUUGGCUCUGCAAACUUGAAUCAGAGAUCACUUGCAGGUGACAGGGACUCUGAGAUUGCCCAUGGAGCAUAUCAACCUGCACAUCUUAACAGGCCUGAUGCACCAGCUCGUGGACUCAUCUAUGGAUACCGCAUGUCAUUGUGGUACGAGCACUUCAUGAGCCACCACCGGCACCUAUCUCCGGUCUUUCUUGAGCCUGAGAGCUUAAAGUGUGUGAGAACAGUCAAGCGAAUUGCUGAGGACUUGUGGGAGAAGUUUGUGGGAGACGAGGUGAUCAAUCUCCCUGGCCAUCUGCUUCCUUUCCCCAUCCAGGUCUCGGAGUUUGGAGAGUUGUCAGAAUUGCCACCGGAUGGCUUCUUUCCAGACACCAAGGCUCCUGUCAAGGGCAAGAAGUCUGAAAUCCUUCCCCCUAUUCUCACCACAUGAGCUUUUUUAUUCUCAACUUUUGGGACUAAAUGCAUAAAUGUUGUUACAUAAUAAAUGACACUCAUGUACCAUCUGUAGGAUUUACGUAUUAUAAUUAGAGAGGCCUACGUCGAUGUAGUAUGACGUUUUAAUUUCAUUCACCAUCAACAUUAGUAUGUGACAACUACUUGAGACUUCCGUUGCCUUAA